CUAGAAACUGAGGAAAUAGUGAAACGCCGGUGAGAAUGUCCUGGGCUUACCCUAUCCACUCCGGCCGGCGGCCGGCGGCCGGUGGGCAUGUCAACGUCAAAGUGCCGUUAAUUUAGUCCUAUAACGGCUCAAAGAGAAGCGUUCCCUCCAAAGUCCCCACCUACCGUGUACUUCGAACCUUGGACCUUAUUCCCCUAACCGCUUUGACCCCUCUCAACUAAACCACCCACAACCCUAACUACCUCUUCUUCUUCAUUCCCUCUUCCCACCCCCUGCCCCCUAACCCCACCCCCACCCCCACCAACUUCAUACUUAUCCUUCUCAGUUCUUCACUCAUGAAGCUGAAGCUGAAUGCGGAAGUGACGUCCUCUUCUUUCUUGGAUUCUUCUUGUUCUUUGAAGCGAAAGAGGCCGCCCAAGAUUCAGAUCCCCAAUGUUUUGCGGGAAAUCCCAGCGGAGGAGCUGGCAUUCAGAGAUUUUACGCCCAUGAAUGAUGCGGUAUCCUUCUGUGUCGCUGGUGUUGGGAUUUCCUCUGUUAAAGGGAAGAAGCAGUUCAUGGAAGAUACUCACAAGAUCCUUUCUUGCUUGCAGGACAACUCGAACAAAGCAUUUUUUGGGGUUUACGAUGGACAUGGGGGCAGGAAGGCUGCGGAUUACGUUGCAGAGAACUUGCACGAUAAUAUUUUUGAAUUGAUGAAGAAUUGUACGAGAAAUGAGGAGAAGGUGGAAGCAAUAAAAGCCGGGUAUCUGAAGACUGAUGAGGAAUUUUUGAAGCAGGAUGCAGCCGGUGGUGCUUGCUGUGUCACAGCAUUAAUUGAAGGUCAGGACAUUGUUGUAGCAAAUGUGGGAGAUUGCAGAGCUGUCCUAUGUAGAGGAGGAUUGGCUGAAGCUCUCACCACUGAUCAUAAACCAGAAAAAGAGGAUGAGCGAAAAAGAAUAGAGAAUAAGGGAGGAUAUGUUCUGAUGCAUCAUGGGGCUUGGAGAGUUCAUGGAACACUUUCUAUCUCUAGAAGCAUAGGAGAUGCUCAUAUGAAGAACUGGAUACCUGCAGAGCCUGACACAAAAAUCCUUCAAAUGACUCAAGAUAUGGACUUCCUUGUGUUAGCUUCUGAUGGACUUUGGGAAAAGGUUGGCAACCAAGAAGCUGUUGAUAUCGUAACAGAUUUAUUGGUAGGAAAAAAACUGGGAACUGGAGAUUUUAUUAAAGACAACCAUGAUGAUUGUGGCUGCUUAAAUGUAAAUGUAAGUGUGAAUGCAAGCCCUUCAUCAAAGCUACGUAGAGUUUCACUGGUCAAGAAGCUGAGGGAGACAAGUCAAUCACCAAGGUUUAAGCCGACAAUUAAUAACCAGAAAGAUAAUGAAGAUGACAUUCCUUGUGAGAAUGAAAGCCCACCAUCAAAGCUACGAAAGGUUUCGCUCACUAAACGGGUAAGUGUGCAACCUGAUAUUCCUAAUCAAGAAAAUGCUAGUAAGAUAGGGCCACCUUCUGCCGGGCUUUUGGCUGCAUGUACGGAGCUCGUGAACCUUGCUGUGAGUAGGGGUAGUUUGGAUGAUAUCACUGUAAUGAUAAUUGAUUUGAACCACUUCAGAUGUAACAACUGAUUUUUGUCGAUUAGUACAGCCAAUCGUCUUCAUUGCUCACCAAUUUUGAACACUCCACUCACCAGUUACGGACUGCUUUGUACAUUUGAAUUAUAGUUACUACAAUAUUGCACUGGACCACCUCUAUCUCGUCUGGUGCUUGCUCCUCUCCCCCACUACAUUCUCUGAAAGAAUUACACAAGUGUUGAGGAUUUUCAUUGGAUAAGAGGGCAAUGGCGUUUAUAUCUUGAAAAAACAAUGACAAUAGAUUGAGCUCCAUACUCUCGUCCUUUAUAAUUGUUCUUUUCUUUUGGCAUUUUGUAGGCUGUUUUGCUUACUUUAUUUCCAUAGGUCUUACCAUAUGAGAAGGGAUAUAAGAAACUCUUACUGUGGUC